GAAGAAAUCAAAACAUCAAGAAUGGAUGCACCAGAAACAAGCAGACAGUAGUGCAGUUAGUAUUACGUCGUACGCGCAUAAAAACAGUUUUCAUUAGAGAAGCCCCAGUUAUGCUGAACAGCAAGUACUGCUUGUAAACAAUAGAAAGGACAGAUUGUGUAUUUCUGAUGAUAUCAAUUAUACGCUUCGCUCGGAAGGUUUCGAAGAUCAUUUAAUCAAAACAAAGCAAUCAUUGCCAGAGUGAAAGUAAACAGCCAAGAACUAAAUAAAAAACAAUUCACAGAAACGAAGUGCAUAUACAGUGAAUAUAAUGGUGGCUGGUUAAGCUAUACCCUUACCUUCUGUGGAUAAUUUGGAAGCAGCCAGAGGAAAGAUUUCCUUCCACGGAAAUGUGCACUCCGGGAGUACAGGGCUUCUGCUCUCAAUGGCGUGCUUGGUUCCGGCCUCUGCUGAUACUGCUGUACGUGCUUUUCGUUAUUAUCGUCGUUCCCCUGCUUAUCGUGAACUCGGUGAAGGAUGGUUUCACCCGCAAGGAUCAGCUCAUCCUCAUCGGUGGUCUGUUCGUCAUGUGUGCCAUCCCGAUCUCGAUCUGGCAAAUUACACAACAUAUUGUGCACUUCACUCAACCGAUCCUGCAGAAACACAUCAUCAGAAUUCUCUGGAUGGUUCCUAUCUAUGCGUUGAAUGCGUGGCUCUGUUUGCUGUUCCCGCAACAUUCCAUCUAUAUGGACAGUAUUCGGGAGUGCUACGAGGCAUACGUAAUCUACAACUUUAUGAAGUAUCUGCUCAACUAUCUCAAUCUGGAAAUGGAUCUCGAGCGAACGUUGGAGUACAAGCCACCGGUGAAGCACAUAUUCCCGCUCUGUUGCAUGGCUCCGUGGCCCACUGGUCGGGAGUUUGUGCAUAACUGCAAGCACGGUAUCCUCCAGUACACGGUGGUGCGCCCACUAACCACCUUUGUGGCUUACAUCUGCGAAGUGAAUGGUGUCUACGGUGAGGGUAUCUUCGAAACGGAUGUGGCGUUUAUCUACAUAGUGGCUGUCAACAACUGUUCCCAGUUCAUCGCCAUGUACUGCCUAGUGCUGUUCUACAGGGCAAACAAACACGAGUUGAAGCCGAUGGGGCCAUUCGCGAAAUUCUUGUGUAUAAAGGCGGUUAUUUUCUUCUCGUUUUUCCAAAGUGUUAUCAUUUAUUUUCUGGUCUACUAUGGCUUCAUCAAAGAUAUUUUUGGAUCGGAGCCCAACGAAGACAUGCGACUGUUAUCAUCAAAAUUGCAAAAUUUUCUUAUCUGCAUCGAAAUGUUCGUUGCGGCUUUGGCCCAUCACUACAGCUUCUCCCAUAAACCAUACGAGCGGAUACUUCCAAUCGGCGGUGGACUUGGCGGUGAAGCUUGGUCUGGCACCAGCAUCAAUGGGGGUAGUAACGGCUCUUGGUACAGUGCUCUGCUAAACAUGUUGGACAUAUCCGAUGUACACCAAGACGUGAGUGAGCAUUUGGGUGUGGUUGGUAGCUCGCUCAGCAGAAGAUUGCGAGGAAGAACGAUGUACCACAUGCCCAGGGAUGGUGGUGGAAGCGGCGAGAGUUUCGGCGGAUCGGAACGAGAGUAUUUGGUUCAAACUGCGGGCAGUUCGAGUAAUUUGAGCAGAGGCCAAUGCUAUCAGAGUGGAAUUAAUCAGUCCGGCAAUUCGCUUUAUUCGAAUAUCCCGAAAUCGGCGAAGAACCGCUACGGAGCCCUGGAGGUAGGGAUCAGCAUAGUGAAGCCUAAAAGCGACAAACAGGUGGAAACACCAAACGCAGGUGCACCCAAGGUACCGAACAUAUUCAAUCAAUUCCAAAAUUCCAAAAAUCUCAAUCUCAUGCUGGCUAAAAGUCCAAGCUUUGACAAUUUGAACUCGAUCAAGAGCGAAGCGACGACGUCGAGUAGCUCUAACCAGAAAGCACUGGCCACACCGGCGAGCAGCAGAACCACUGCCACAACGUCAAACAACACGACAUCCCGAUCGACGGCUGCGGAUUCAAAUUUGCACAAGUCGGACAGUAACAACAGUGACUGGCUUAGUACGCCUGACGAAGAUUUGGGAAUCGAUGUGAAGGGUCUGAGCAACGAUCGGAUCAGUUAUAACCCCGACCGACGAGUGUAGACCGGAAUGUGACUAUUUAGCACCAAAGCAAAGCUUCUUGGCUGCUUUGGAUAUUUAUUAUUUUUAGGUAGAGUGGGUGCUGCAGGGAAGCGUUGCAGUUUGUGAUAUUGCAAUGGUGAGUUAAAAGCUUUGUGUUUAUAUGUAUAAAUUAUUCAAUCAUUGUAAUCCAAGCAGAACAUUUGUGACUAUAGUUUUUUGUAACGAAACUUUCCAAAAUUUAUUUACCUUGUAGCUCAAUUGUACCAAAAUACGCGUAUAUAUUCACAAUGAUCUUAUUCAUUUAUGGCAGAAAAUUUACAACGAAAAGUCGUUCGGGUUUGUGAUAAAAAACAGCAAAUCGCUUUUAUAGUUCUGAACUGACACUUUAAGACAAACUUCAAAAGACUCGAUAGUUAACUGGUUACUGCGACGUAGUUCCAGAUUAUACUAUACUAUACACUAAGUAGCUUAGUAGCAUUAGUAGCAUCAUCCAGAAAAUUGUACGCACGUGAAAUUCUUUGCUUAUUUUGUGAUAUACGCUAACGUCGGGUUACACACGGUGUUUAUUUUUACGCGGUAUGAUUUUUCGCCGAUUUCGGUAUAGAAGGCGUUUCUCAAAAUUUAAGUUAUUAUUUUCAGUUCGUUUUAGAGGAAAUGUUGAUGGGUUUUCUUCGAAGAACCAUUAGCAUCAGACAGGAAUAGGUUAACCAUAUGGGUUCUGCAACGCUUGCAUUAAAAAAAGGUCAAUUUUCGGAUAGCGAUAAAAAACUACAGAAGAUAAUUGAACGUGACAAACUUUUCAUAAAACCUAAUUCAAUUGACUAUGUUACAAAAAAAUCCGACGACCUGUUGGGUGGUCUUCCGGCAGAUGGCCAGAACUUUCGCCAUUGCUGUCGAAAGCAUACUUGUUGGCAUGUUUUUCAGUUCUUUUUUAGCUUUAUUUAUUAGUUCCUCCUCCAUUGUCGACAUGAAAUUUGCCCGGGUUGCUCAGGUUAGCCCAGAAAUUCUCGAUGGGACGCAGCUGGGGGACGUUCGGAGGGUUCAUGUACUACGGAACGCUCUUGAUGAGUACUGAAUGGAGAGUAUAGCAAGAACAAUGCGGGGCUCAACUUUUUUUGAACAUCCAUCGCGGUGUUUGAACUGUAAUAAUUUAACGCUAAGCUGAACCAAAAUAACGUUAAACAUUCAUUUAUGAGCGAAUCUCAUGUACUUUCGUUUUUAUUCUAGGCGUACGUAUUCCCACGUAAAAUUAACUACAUUGUAUAACCCAGAUCGUAUAUAUGAACCUAUAUCUACUAGUUACCAGUCCGCAAACAUGUACUCCUUUAGUUCUUCUAUAUUAUAUCAAUCGCCGAUUUGAAUACAAAAAAUUGUCGUGACUGCCAAGUAAAAA